GCUUACGUAUAUCAUUCGAGUUCUUCCGAGUGUGCUGCCUUCCUCUCGAAUUAUGAUACUGAGAAUGUUGUAAAAGUGUUUUUCAAUAACCGGCACUAUAAACUGCAUCCUAAGUCCAUCAGCAUCCUCGCAAACUGCCAGGAUGUGAUUUUCAAUACAGCCGUGGUUGGGGUUCAAACAUCACAUAUGAGAAUGAUCUCCUCAGGCAUUGAGUUUUCCGGAUGGGAAUCAUUUAACGAAGAUUUAACUUCUUCGGAUGGCAGCUCAACUUUCACAGCCAGAGGCCUCAUGGAACAAAUAGAUGUCACUAACGACUAUACUGAUUAUCUUUGGUACACAACCAA